AUGUCUAAUUUUGAUAUUGAACAAACGCUAAGCGAACUAACCAGAGAUGAAAAAAUCUCUUUACUAUCAGCUGUUGACUUUUGGCACACAAAGGAGAUUGAACGUCUCGGAAUUCCAUCAGUGAGAGUUUCUGAUGGUCCCAAUGGUAUCAGAGGAACUAGGUUUUUUGACUCAGUUCCUUCAGGCUGUUUCCCUAACGGAACUGGUCUAGCUUCUACAUUCGAUGAUGAAUUAUUGAAAGAGGCGGGUAAAUUGAUGGCUAAGGAAGCCGUUGCCAAGAAUGCUGCUGUGAUUUUGGGGCCUACAACUAACAUGCAGCGUGGUCCUUUGGGUGGCCGUGGUUUCGAAUCAUUCUCUGAAGAUCCAUAUUUGGCUGGUGUUGCUACUAGUUCUGUUGUGCAAGGUAUGCAAUCCGAGGGUAUUGCUGCUACGGUUAAGCACUUUGUUUGUAAUGAUUUAGAGGAUCAACGUUUUGCUUCCAAUUCUAUCCUGUCUGAAAGAGCCUUAAGAGAAAUUUACUUAGAACCUUUCAGAUUGGCAAUCAAGAAUGCCGAUCCCGUUUGUUUAAUGACCGCUUACAAUAAGGUGAACGGCGAACAUUGUUCUCAAAACAAAAAACUGUUGUUGGACAUUCUUAGAAAAGAAUGGAAUUGGGACGGUAUGAUCAUGUCUGAUUGGUAUGGUACUUACACCACUGCUGCUUCUAUCAAGAAUGGUUUAGAUAUUGAGUUCCCAGGUCCAACGAGAUGGAGAACUAAUGAACUUGUAUCACACUCUCUAAAUUCCAAAGAACAAAUUUCUAUUUAUGACGUUGACGACCGUGUUAGACAGGUUUUGAAAAUGAUUAAGUUUGUUGUUGACAACCAGGAAAAGACGGGGAUUGUUCAAAAUGGUCCAGAAACUACAUCUAACAACACUAAAGAAACCUCUGAAUUGCUUAGAAAGAUAGCUGCCGAUUCUAUUGUUCUGUUGAAGAACGAGAAUUCUAUUCUACCUUUGAAAAAAGAAGAAUCAAUCGUCGUUAUUGGUCCAAAUGCCAAAGCAAAGGCAUCUUCUGGAGGUGGUUCUGCCUCCGUGAAUUCUUACUAUGUUAUUUCGCCUUACGAAGGGAUUGUUAAGAAAGUGGGCAAAGAAGUACCAUACACAAUUGGGGCAGAGUCUCAUAAGACUUUAUCUAAUUUAAUUGAGCAACUGGUAGUCGAUCCCUCAAAACCAGCAGAGGGAGACAAUGCAGGUGCUACCGGUUCCUUCUACAGUGAGCCCGUUGAAAAGAGAGCAAAGGAUGAAUCUCCAUUCCAUGUUGCUACCUUUAAACACUCUUUCAACUUGCUUUUCGAUUUCAAGCAUGAAAAAAUUGACACCACUAACCCAAUAUUUUACAUCACAUUAGAAGGUUACUUCACUCCUGAAGAAGAUGCCGACUACAUAUUUGGUUUGCAGGUUUUCGGUACCGGUGUUUUGUACUUAGACGACGAAUUAUUGAUUGAUCAGAGGAAGGGCCAAGUCAGUGGUGAUUUCUGUUUCGGUGCCGGUACCAUUGAAAAGACCAAGACUGUUACUUUACAAAAGGGUAAAGCGUAUAAAGUCAGAAUCGAAUAUGGUUCUGGUCCAACAAGCGAGUUGGUGAGUGAAUUCGGAUCUGGUGCUCUUCAGGUUGGUGUCACCAAAGCUAUUGAUGCAGAUGAGGAAAUCAAGAAAGCAGCAAAGCUUGCAGCCGCUCAUGAUAAAGCCAUUUUAUGCAUCGGUUUGAAUGCUGAAUGGGAAUCUGAGGGCCAUGAUAGGGAAGAUAUGACGUUGCCAGCAAGAACAAACGAUCUAGUUCGUGCUGUAUUGGAGGCUAACCCUAACACUGUAAUUGUCAACCAGUCUGGUACUCCUGUCGAGUUCCCAUGGUUACAAAAAGCUAAUGCUCUGGUUCAAGCUUGGUACGGAGGCAAUGAGCUGGGUAAUGCUAUUGCUGACGUCUUGUAUGGUGAUGUUGUUCCAAAUGGGAAAUUAUCUCUCUCAUGGCCAUUAAAGCUUGAAGACAAUCCAGCUUAUUUGAACUUCAAGACUGAAUUUGGCAGAGUUGUCUACGGUGAGGAUAUUUUCAUUGGAUACAGAUUCUAUGAAAAGCUGCAAAAAAGAGUUGCAUUCCCCUUCGGUUACGGGUUAUCUUAUACCGAAUUUGCCUUAUCUAAUCUGCAAGUUCAAAUAAAUGACGAAGUUAUCUCUGUUUCUGUUGAUGUUAAGAACACAGGUGAGAAAUAUGCGGGAUCUGAAGUCGUACAAGUUUAUAUUGCUGCUACUGAAUCAUCUGUUUCUAGGGCAGUGAAGGAGUUGAAGGGAUUCAAGAAAGUUUUACUUCAACCCGGGCAAACCGAAACAGCAAAGAUUGAUUUAGUCUUGAAGGACUCUGUCUCCUUCUUCGAUGAAGAAGUCGGUAAGUGGUGUUCAGAAGCUGGUCAGUACAAAGUCUUGGUAGGUACUUCUUCCGAUGACAUUGUCCUGAGUGAAUCUUUCGACGUGGAGAAAACCUCUUACUGGUCAGGUUUGUAG